AUGGUGAACAGAUGCACUGACUUGCUGGCCCACCUGGCUGCUGCCCAAUUGCUCUUCCUCCUCUUCACAGUCCCCUCCACCCUGCUCUACCUGGGGAAUGAUGUGUUCUGCUCCACUUUGGUGCCCCCCAUUUACUUGAGCUUGCUUUUCCAGCUAUCACUGUUCUCCUACCAGACAGAGCUGUUCUGGCUGGUGUUCAUCUGCAUCGAGAGUUCCUAUUCCUUUUCCAAGGGAAAUGCCAGGUGGUUCGCAUGUCCUUGUAUAUCCUCACCCCCCUCCUCUUUACUGCACCCUUGGUCAUGUCCACUGCAAUCCUAUACUUUAUGGCCAUUUUUUGCCCCCAGCAGGAGGAACCUACUAUGCUCAAACACAUCUUCUUCUUCUCUGCACUCCUUCCCAAUCAGUUUCUCCAAUAUCAUGAGGCACCUUGGCUACACUGCAGUGUCCUCUCGGGUGCUUUUCCUGCUCCCGUGCAUCCAGAGCAGCACCAAACCCUUCAUCUACUUCUGGGUGGUAUGUGUCAGGAAACCAUCUGGACAGGACACCACUCCAUGUCCCUGUGACUCUUCUUCCAGAGUCUUCUUCCAGAGUCAGCUUUGUGAGAAGCUGAAAGUCAAUGCUGCCAGCACCAAUGAUGCCACCAAGGACGCAGCAGUCCGAGCCUGUUGAUCCCUUCCACAGCACUGAUGAAGGACACCAGGACUGUGGCUGAGAGUCCUUGGGCCACUGGAUUGAUAAAUAUCCAUGGCAUCACCCUCCCCUGCUGCAUUCCUGGAUGAUAGGGGAACAGAGGCAUGAGGGACAGAUGUUCUGCAUGGAGCACACUGGAGUAUGGCUUUCAUCCUGUCUGACAGGUCCUAGAACAUAAUUCCCCAAACGGAUGGUGCCCCACAUGGCUGUGGUCCCAAAAUUCCCCCUGGCAUCUGGGUCUUGCAUCCCCCUGUAGUCUGAUAUCAAUAAACAACAUUGUGACCCCUGAGCUGCCUUUGCCCAUCUGCCAGCACUUGCCAGCUCCCUCUAGCUCCUGCUGCCAGCUGGGAAUGUGGCUGUAGGGAGGGGACAGAGAGUUUGUUAGCCAGGAAUUUUGUGAUUCUUUAAAAAUUUCGUAAUGAAUUAUGUUAAAGUAGUUAAUUAGUUUUAGCUAGUUUUGAUUUAGAUCCGUGUUGGCUGAGUGUCAGGAGAAAAUUCUAUGUACUCAUACCCUUAGAGAACUUAAUCAAUAGUUGGAGAACAAGGUUCAGUAAAGUCUUUCUUAAUGCUUAUCAUAUAACUAGAAAUCAGUUGGAUGUCAUCAAAUAAGAAAGAUAUCUUCACAGAAUUUGCAUUUCAGAGGCCCAUACACACCAGAAGACUUGAUCAAUAAAUUGAGAUAGGAGAUAAAUGGGAAGGGCAAUAAGAGAGUCAUUUCAUAGGCUUGUAGACCUCAGAAAACUUAAUCAAUGGUAAUUGUCUAACCGGACAUCCAGUUUAACAAAAUAUUGUUUAGCUGGAAUAAACCUGGCUUAUGUAUAAUCUGGUAGCCAUUUAAAGAAACAAAAAUACCUAUACCAUGAUGUAAUAAAUUGGAAGCACUUUUGGGAGUAUCUAUAAAAACUAUUGGAUGUUAUAGCGUAUAAAAAUGCCUGAAACUCGUUGCUUCUUUGAACAUGCCUAUGGCAAAUAAAUUUCCAAUAUGUUCACAAUUUUGACUCCAAAUUGCUUUUAGUCUAACAUGCUUUUGCUCCUAGACU